AUGCCAGCUAAGUCCAUUGACUUGAUUUGGACGACCAACACCCAUGGAACCCCGGCCCUCGAUCCCGGUUCAGCUAGCGGCAUCCAUCUUCUGACCUCGUCUUCUGAGGUCCUGGAUCUCAGGCCCUUGCACCAAGCAGCCUAUGACGCCCUUGCUCCCAGUGCAUUGUUUCUUCAUAUUGAGGUCGGCCUACCAGUGCAGCAAGGGAGCACGACAUUUACAGCCGUCAACAGCAAGCUGGACACGAUGAGCGAACGAAAACAGGCACAGAUAGAGACCGUUACACUUGAUCUCAAGGAUUGGGGGUCUAUUCGGACGGUGCUCUGGGCCAGCCAAGUCUCCAUACUGGUCUUUGGAGUAGAUCAUGACGAUGCAGGCCAAAUGCUCAAGCCUGCUGUCUGCGGCGUGUAA